AUGUGCCUAGACGCAGGCCCCACAGGGAUGUACCGAUUUAUUGCGCUCCGCCGUGAUGGUUGGGCGCCCACUGUGUGGGCACGUAAGCGAAGCGCUGUAACGUCUUUUGAGGUGGAGUUGGAUGUCAACGGAGAGAGAGAAGUGUCACCCAGGCCGCCACACUGCAUCCUGUUGUGUACUCUUGGGAGCUUGCAUCGUUGGGGAAGGAUGUGGCGGCGAACUGCUUGCGUGAGGAAUCGGUUCGGAAGGGAUUCCAAUGCUGAUGCGUACUUGAAUGACCAAUAUGCGAUGAGGUGCUGCUUGUGUGGCGCGGAGAUCCGCUGUGCUUCGCCGCCGCAUCAAUGCAUGAAAGUGGCGACCUAUUUCCAAAGGUCAAGUGUGCUUGUCACCAUUGAUUUCAUGCGGUUGCAUUUUGAUGUCUUGUGA